AUGAUGCCCAAACCUGCAGGAACAUGUGACCACGAUGGGAUGGAGGGGGUCAGUGGACCAGUUCUGGUGAAGCUCAACUGGAGAGGUUCAGAUUUCAAAGCUGGAUCCUGGGGGAAAGAUUCUGCCUUGGGGACCAAACUGCAAAACCAUUACUGGGUUUUUCCAGCUAACAAAGGUAGUCACAUAUUGGAGACUUUCCGCCUCUAUGCCUCCUACAAAAAAAUGAUGCUUUAUUUUCCGAUUAUGGAAUUUAGCCUUAAAGGUAAUCAAGACAAGUGUGAAAACUGUGGGCAAGGGAGUGGUGUGAUAUUCUACAAUGGAUCCUUCUAUUACAACUGUUUGGAUAGCAGGGCUUUGUGCAAAACAGAUCCAAAUACCAUGCAUCUCUUGCGCAAGGAUUUAGAAGAUGAAGAUCCUGCUUCCUUCAAUAAUGUAUUCUCCUACAAGGGUGUCAAAUAUCAGGAUAUGGACCUGGGUGGAGAUGAAAAGGGCUUGUGGAUGGUUCAUGGCACUAAUAAAGGCAAUGGUAAUAUGGUCGUUAGAAAGAUAGACCCGAACACCUUGCAGGUAGAAACCCCUUGGAUAACCACGCAGAAGAAGACUACAGUCACCAAUAGUUUUAUGAUCUGUGGUGUGUUGUAUGCCACUAAAAGAGUGAAUGCAACUCAUGAGAAUAUAUUUUAUGCAUUUGACACCAACAAAAUCCAGGAAUUCAAAACCAACAUCUUUCUGGAGAAGUCUCUGCCUACUGUGCAGAGUUUGCAAUAUAAUCCCAAUGACCAGAAACUCUACAUGUACAAUGAUGGAUACCUGGUUUAUUAUGAUGUCACAUUCAAAAAUCCAGGUCACAGGGCAAGCAGGGCAGGAGAGGUUGUCACAAUGGAGCAAAUAGAGAAUUCUAGCAAUGAAGGAAGACAAGUAGACCCGGUUGCUGUUAUCAAGGAGAAUUAUCAGAGCUCAGCUAGUGACCAGCAGCAGCAUUUGAAAAGCCAAGGGGAAAGCAACACCAGUAGUGAGGAAGGACCGUCUGGAAUUCGGAAGGAGGAAGAUCCGAGUUCUGCUGAUGACCAGCAGCAGCAUUUGACAAGCAAUGAGGAGAGCAGUGACAACCAUGAGGAAGGACAGAUUGCGGUUAGCAAAGGAGGCCAAAAUACCAUGAGGGAGGGAGACCAAGUUAAUGUUAGAGAUGGAGUCCAAAGUGUUGUUAGUAAGGAAGGGCAGCCGGAUACAGUGAGCAAUACAAGCCACGCUGAGGUCAGUGGGGAUAAGUAAAUUUGGCUAGAGAAGGGAUUGUUAUGCAUUAAUAAAAGCAACAGUACAGGCAUUGUUUCCCCCUCUCCAGCUGGUAAAUACCUGUAUGUCUGUAAAAAUAAAUGCAGUCCUUUGCAAAUAAAUUUAGAAAUCAAACCCA